AUGGCUGUCGGAAAGAACAAGCGUUUGUCCAAGGGCAAGAAGGGCAUCAAGAAGAGGACCGAUGCCUUCGCCAAGAAGGACUGGUACUCCGUUAAGGCGCCCUCGACCUUCGCCAUCAGAGAUGUUGGCAAGACCCUCGUCAACCGCACGACCGGUCUGAAGAACGCAAACGACGCUCUCAAGGGCCGCAUCUUCGAGGUUUCCCUGGCCGACCUCCAGAAGGACGAGGACCACGCGUUCCGCAAGGUCAAGCUCCGUGUCGACGAGGUCCAGGGCAAGAACUGCCUGACCAACUUCCACGGUCUCGACUUCACCUCCGACAAGCUCCGCUCGCUCGUCCGGAAAUGGCAGUCGCUGAUUGAGGCCAACGUUGUCGUCAAGACCACCGACGACUACCUCAUCCGCCUCUUCUGCAUUGCCUUCACCAAGCGCCGCCCCAACCAGAUCCGCAAGACCACCUACGCCGCCUCCUCCCAGAUUCGCGCUAUCCGCAAGAAGAUGACCGAGAUCAUGUCGCGCGAGGCCUCGAGCUGCACCCUCUCCCAGCUCACCACCAAGCUGAUCCCCGAGGUCAUUGGCCGUGAGAUCGAGAAGGCUGCUCAGGGCAUCUACCCCCUCCAGAACGUCCACGUCAGGAAGGUUAAGCUGCUCAAGGCGCCCAAGUUCGACCUUGGUGCCCUCCUUACCCUCCACGGCGAGGCGUCUCACGACGAGUCUGGCCAGAAGGUCGAGCGUGAGUUCAAGGAGACUGUUCUGGAGAGCGUCUAA